CCCUCGGGCCGGCGUCCCCUCGCCAUCACAACACGGAGCCGGUCACAAUGGACGGUGUCGUGUUACCACACAUGCUGCCGGAUCUCGCCGCCGCCGCCGGUCACACGAGAUGUAGACCUUAAAGACUCUCACUCUCUCCCCUCGCGUCGCCCUCUGUCCCCAUGGGCAGCUUCAGCUCGGCCCUCGUUCCCGACACCGAAGAGUUUCAUUCCGUCGUGUCGGUGGCGGAGGAGCUCGAGGAGCUCGAGGAGCUCGAUGAGCAGGUGGCUGCGGACCCGAGGUUACAGCCGCGGCGUCACACUCUGGUGACGCUCAUGAUGGCGGAGGAGAGAAGAGCGAAUCAGAGUGAAGAGCCGGAUUCUUUCACGCCUCAGGAAACACGGCGAGAUGAGGCCUCCCCGCCUGCAGCAGCAGCAGCCGCCUCCCCCCCCACGCCCACGCAGUCCUUCACCUCCCUGCUCCCGAGGGCUCUCUCGGCCGUGCUCCACCUGGCGGCUCCUCCGGGCCUCGCCGCCGACCCCCAGCCCGGCAGAACCCCCCCCGGCCUGGGACAGCUGCAGGCGGAGCUGAGGGACCUGAGGGACCAGUUUGAGCUGAUGAAGAGUCAGCACAACAAAGAAAUCCAUCUGCUGAUGAACGAGCUGGACGAGGAGAAAAGGAUCCGCUUGACUUUACAGAUGGAGAUUCAACGUAUGAAGAAGCACAUGUAUAAAUGAGCGGAGUGGAGAACUUCUACGUUAUUUAAAGGUCCCAUUGUACACUUAUCUGAUGAGAUUAUAUUUUUCUAAAUUUUAGAAAAAUCAUCGUUUGCUCCUUUUUGAUUGUAUUUUUCUUGACCUUUGUGAAUGAGUCUGGAGGGCUGAAUGUUUUAAUGAGGACAUUAAAACGACAGUGCAGAGGA